AUGACCUUCUUUCGCCUUAAAAGUGAUGCCUAUGACAGCGUAAUGGCAUCCCAGAUUGCUAUGUCAGUUUUAUGCAAGUAUGACCCGAAAGGUCGACACGCGAACGUUGCUGAAGCUACGAAACUGUGCAACGUUAUUGAGUGGAGUUAUCCCAGCCAGGGAUCUUUGAAAUCUGGCAGUGAUGCUUCCACAUCGAAAAACAGAAGAUUUAGAAACAAGGAAUUAGAAAAAUUAGCGGAGAAACUCGACCCGCCCAACAAAACAUUCAGAAAGAGGAAAGAACCCUAUAAUGAAAAUGCUCAAGAAGAAAGCUCUUCAAGAGCAAAAAGUAACGCUCAAAUUGUCAAUGACAUGAAUUAUCUUCACCAAUUAAAAUAUAAAAAUGCAAAUGCCGUCACUCAUCCGAGACCCGAAAAUGCGGAAGCCGAUACUAACCUAGACCCCGAAAAUACAAGAACCGAUACCAACUUAGAACCUGAAAAUGCAGAAGCCAACACUCAGGAUAGCGCCGCGAACCAGUCGUUGGACAAUAGCAAAGAUGACCAAACCGUCUAUAAAGAAAUUUCUAGCGAUCAAGAAGACGAUAAGAUGCAAUCUCAAGGAAAAGCCAACAACGCCCCUUUAAGAAACAUAUCUCAUAUUUCCGACAUCGUAAUCUCUAAUAACGUAUUUCCUCCUGAAACACACGAUGAAGACCAAAUAUAUAAAAGACUCAUAGCUGGAUUCAUAAAAUUAGAUGACUUGACUUUGCCUAUAUCUUACAACGACCCUGACCUAGAAGCAAUGAUCUUUCCCGAUUUAUUUCCAACGAAAAAAGGUCACUAUGAAAACGUACGAGAACAAUUAGGUUGUACUGGUACUGGCCACACUGGUUCUAUUUGA